AUGGGUCUCGCCCAAGAAGCCCACAACGUCCGGGUCAUCGGGUCGGGUCCACAGACCGUAGUCCUGGCUCACGGGUUCGGCACGGACCAGUCGGUGUGGAAGUACUUGGUGCCCCACCUGGUGGAGGAUUACCGGGUCGUGCUGUUUGACAUUAUGGGCGCAGGCACGACCAAUCCGACUUACUUUAACUUCGAGAGGUAUUCGAGCCUCGAAGGGUACGCCGGCGACGUCAUCGCCAUCUUGGAGGAGCUUCAGAUAAGCUCGUGCGUUUAUGUGGGGCACUCCGUGUCAGCCAUGAUCGGAGUCAUUGCCUCCGUCACCAGGCCCGAUCUUUUUACCAAGCUUGUCACAGUCGCCGGCUCUCCUAGGUACCUGAACGACCCGGACUACUUCGGAGGAUUCGACCUGGACGAGCUCCACGAGUUGUUCGAGGCCAUGAAGGAGAACUACAAAGCAUGGUGCUCGGGUUUCGCCCCGCUGUGUGUCGGGGCCGACAUGGAGUCGCUCGCUGUCCAGGAAUUCAGCCGAACCCUCUUCAACAUGAGGCCCGACAUCGCCCUCAGCAUUCUCCAGACCAUAUUCUACAGCGACGUGCGGCCUCUCCUUCCACACGUGACCGUCCCCUGCCACAUCAUCCAGAGCGUAAAGGACUUAGCCGUGCCAGUUGCCGUGUCCGAGUACAUCCACCAGAGCCUCGGAGGGGAGUCCAUUCUUGAGGUCAUGGCCACUGAAGGCCAUCUGCCGCAGCUCAGCUCACCGGAUGUUGUGGUCCCCGUCCUCCUCAGGCACAUACGCUACGCCAUUGCACGCCCAAAUUGA